AUGAAGAGCUUUGGGGUAACUUCAUUAAUUUCUCUUAGUGUUCUUUUGUUGGGCUGGGGAGAAACUGUUAUAAGUGAUGUCAAGCCUUGUUCAUCUAAGGGCACAAGGAAUGUUGGAGCUGUGGAGGAACCACUCAAGGCAGAAGAGAAAAAUAAAUCUGCAGAUAUUUCAAAACAAAAAGAACAAUGCCUUGUACCAUGUGAUGUUCAAGCUAAAAUUUUACGAGGGGAAAAACAGUAUAUGUGCAGGAAUUUGCAGAGCUCUCUUGUUGAAUAUGCAAGAAGCACAAAAAAACUGGUAAGAAACAUGAUGGAUGAUCAACAGUCUUCCUUGGAUUACCUUUCGAAUCAGGUGAAUGAACUCAUGAACAGAGUUCUUCUUUUGAAUGCAGAAGUUUUAAGAAAGCAUUUGGAUCCACUUCCUUACAAAGCAGUUCAAUCUCAUGGGUUGGAUUGCACUGAUAUUAAAGAUACCAUUGGUUCAGUUUCAAAAACUCCAAGUGGUCUGUACAUCAUCCAUCCAGAAGGAUCAAAUUAUGCAUUUGAGGUAUUAUGUGACAUGGAUUUUCAAGGAGGUGGGUGGACUGUGCUUCAGAAAAGAACUGAUGGAAUCAUUACAUUUCAGAGGACGUGGUCUGAAUAUCUGGAUGGAUUUGGUGAUCUUUCUGGGGAAUUUUGGAUUGGCUUAAGGAAGAUUUUCUAUAUAGUAAACCAAAAAGCAACCACUUUCAGUCUUUACGUGGAUUUGGAAUCAGAAAAUGACAAGCAUGCCUAUGCAUCAUAUGAUGCAUUUUGGAUAGAGGAUGAAGCAUGUUCUUUUAAAAUUCAUUUGGGACGUUAUUCAGGAAAUGCAGGUGAUGCAUUCAGAGGAUACAGAAAAGAAGAUAAUCAGAAUUCGAUGCCUUUCAGCACAUUUGACGUCGACAAUGAUGGAUGUAGGCCAGUGUGCAUUAUUAAAGAACAGCCUGUAAAGAGCUGCAGUAACUUCAGUGAUAACACUGGAUGGUGGUUCAACCAGUGUGGCCUUGCAAAUCUUAAUGGUAUUCAUCGUUACACAGGUAGAUUUCUUGCAACUGGGAUUCACUGGGAUACAUGGACAGUGAACAACAAACCAGUGAAAAUUAAAUCAGUCUCAAUGAAGAUUCGGAGGAACUAUGACCCAUAUUUCCAUUAACCUAUGAAAAUAGAAAUAUAUCUAUUCUUGCUGUUACGUGGGAUAAUGUAUCAAUGCAACAUCUUCCAUUUUCACUUAAGCAGUUCAGUCUUAAAUCUUUAUUAAAUAUUUCCGUAAUACAGUUACUAAUUUUUAUUAUGAAAUAUCAGCAUCUGUAGUGGUUCCACUUGAGAAAGAAGGUCCUAAGGAAAGGAUUUCCAGAAAAACGACGAAGCUCAGUGUUUACAAGCUUUUAUUUAGCUGCCUCAUAUGUAAUCACCAUGACAGGUCCAGUGGAAAAGUUAUAAAAAGAGAAAUGCUGACUUUUGAAUGUAUUUCUUCUAUGCUCUCUGCAAAUCUAAAUUGCCAAGAAACUGCAGGAAAUUUUCUUUCAAAAAAGUAAUAUAUCAGUCAUUCUAGUAAUUUCUUUUCAUAAAAAUACCUUUUCUUCAUGUUAAUUUUCCAGAACCAGCUUUUUAUACUGUAUUCCUUAUCAGGCAAGAUAAUAUUAACUUAUGUCAGCACAUGUGUAAGGUCCUUACCUGUAAAGCUUGUAAUACCUUACCUGUAUAAAAAAUGUUGCCCUGAGAAUACUGUCCAGAGCCUGAGUAUUGCAUACUCAAGGAUUGAUUCUUAGAAAAGUAAGGUACACUGUAAUAUGCAAGAGCUAUGGUCUAUUUUCUAUUUAAUUUUCAUAGUCCAUGUAUUUAAGUUUCAGUUUAAGAUUUGUCAUUUACACAAUUCACUAAAAAUGAAUACUUUUUCC